UCCCCACCCCGUUUCCGAGAUCCCGCCUUCUCCGGAGGCUGCAUCUUUGUAUUGCACCACGAUAGGAGUGACUGCCAGGCCAGCCAAUCGGGAUGCGAAUCCUCUGGCAAAGGCCCGCCCCCAGCUGAAUCUCAGGAUCCUUCCCGCUCACGCCGGAGUCACUUCCGAAGAGAGAACCGCCAUGAAGAGAGAAGGGGGUGCCGCCCACCUCUGCUCCGACAGCUUCCCCGAGUCGCAGCAGCAAGACGGCCACCACGCACCCAGCUUCUCCAGCCACAGCUCAUGCCGCCGUCGUCAGCGGCGCCGACAUGACAAGGCGCUGCAUGCCCGCUAGGCCAGGUUUCCCCUCAUCCCCAGCCCCGGGGUCGUCGCCCCCGCGCUGCCAUCUGAGACCCGAUAGUACCGCCCCUGCUGCAGCGGGAAAGAGAACAGAGAGUCCCGGGGACAGGAAACAGUCAAUUAUAGAUUUCUUCAAACGAGCCUCAAAGCAAGACAGACCUAUGUUGGAUUCUCAAAAAUCAAGCAUCAAAUAUGGAGGAAGUGGAUUAUCCGUUACUGGGACAGAGCAGUUUGAAAGGAAAUUCUCCUCACCGAAAAAGGCCAAACCCAAAAGGGUGCCAUCGGAAAAGAGCCCUAUCUUAGAAGCUUUCAUGAACGGAGUGAAAGAGCACCGGAAAGACCGUGAUGUCCCGGAGUCCCGGCGGCCUCGUGUGUCACUAGCCUCCAAAUACUUACCCAAAGGAACAAACAUCUACGCUCCUUCUUCAUACCGCCUGUCCAAAGAGAUGAAAGCACUCAAGAAAAAACACCGAUCUCCAGAGAGCAGGAAGUCCGUGUUCCUUCAGGGGAACAGCCGAGAGAAGGAUGAUAGAGAUCGAGGCAAGAGCAGUGCAGACUCCAGAAAGCAGGCCCGGGUCUCAGAAGCUGAAGUCUUCAAGAGCAGCUCCAGGAGUCUCAGUAGCAGGAGCAGCCUGUCCAGGCACCACCCAGGAGAAAGCCCACUGGGAGCCAAGUUCCAAUUGUCACUAGCCUCUUACUGCAGAGAACGCGAACUGAAGAAGUUAAGAAGGGAACAAAUGGAACAGAGAAUCCACUCAGAAAAUUCUUUCUCCGAAACGAGCAAUCUUGCCAUAAAAUCCUCUGAUAUCGGAAGAAAAUGCCAACAAAGCAAGGAACAAAGUAAACAGAAUGAUGUGCCUGGAAAGAAGAAUCCUUCAAACCUGGAAAAUGGACAUUUGUCAAGAAAAAGAUCCUCUUCUGAUUCAUGGGAACCUACUUCAGGCUCUAAGCAGAAUAAAUUCCCUGACAAAAGAAAAAGGAGCUCUGUAGACUCAGAUAUGAGAAGCACAAGAGAAUCCAUAAUACCAAAAGCAAAAGAGUACUUUGAGAAGCGUCCUGACGGACCACAUCAGAAAGAGAAAUUUAUAAAGCAUAUUGCUCUGAAGACACCUGGUGGUGUGUUACGCUUGGAAGACAUAACCAAGGAACCACACGACGAAGCUGAUCACUUCUCUGCAAACUUGGCACCUGCAAGUUCUGGCCACCAUUCUUCUAAGAGUAGUGACCAAAUCCGUGCAGCAAGUACCAAAGACAUUAAGAUGCAUAAACCCCACUCACCUUUACCUCAGGAAAAAUCUACAGUUAAAAAAGCUAGCAGCCUUCAAAAAAAUAAAACUGCUAGUUCUAUGACAUCAAAAGAGACAAAAUCUCUACCUUUACCUUCGCAUGUUCCAAGUGCUGUUUCCUCUCUGGUACCAUUAGAUACUAAAAAUUGCACUGUUCCAGUUCCCAAAAAAGAUAAAGAGCGUUUGUCAUCUAAAGAAUGUUCUGGGCAUUCUGCAGAAUCCUCCAAGCACAAGGAACACAAAGCAAGGACUAAUAAGGUUGAUACUAAUGUAUCUUCAGGAACAGUGUCUGGGGAAUCUUUGCAUUCAGAAUGUGGCGCUCCUGCAAAGUCUCCCCAAGUGGCUUUGGAAGUUGUGCCAUGUGUCCCAAGCCUUCCAGCACCUUCAGAUAAAGCCCCUGCAGAUAAAGAGAGUUCAGGAAAUUAUAAUACAGGUAGCAGUGCACUGAAAAGAAAGCUAAGGGGUGAUUUUGACGAUAGUGAUAAUGAAAGUUUAGGUUAUAACCUAGACAGUGAUGAGGAAGAGGAAACAUUAAAAUCACUGGAAGAAAUAAUGGCUAUGAACUUCAAACAGACAACUACAACUACAGGAAAACCUCCAGCUCUUGCCAAGGGGCUCAGGUCGGAGUCAUCAGACUAUACAGAACAUGUUCACAGUGGGACUUACUCAAAUACUUUAGAGCGUCUCGUGAAGGAGAUGGAAGACACACAAAGGCUAGAUGAACUGCAGAAGCAACUACAAGAAGAUAUAAGGCAGGGACGAGGCAUUAAGUCCCCAAUCAGAAUUGGAGAUCAGGAUAGUACAGAUGAUGAGGAUGGCCUCUUGGAAGAACACAGGGAAUUUCUGAAGAAAUUUUCAGUUACGGUUGAUGCUAUUCCUGAUCAUCAUCCAGGUGAAGAAAUAUUUAACUUCCUUAAUUCUGGAAAAAUUUUCAGUCAGUAUACCUUGGAUUUAAGAGACUCUGGUUUUAUCGGACAAAGUGCAGUAGAAAAGCUAAUUCUUAAAUCUGGAAAAACAGAUCAGAUUUUUUUGACAACACAAGGCUUCCUGACCUCUGCUUAUCAUUAUGUCCAGUGUCCUGUACCUGUAUUAAAGUGGCUGUUUCGGAUGAUGUCAGUUCAUAAAGACUGUAUCGUGUCAGUGCAAAUUUUAAGUACAUUGAUGGAAAUAACAAUUAGAAAUGAUAUCUUCAGUGACUCGCCAAUUUGGCCCUGGAUUCCAUCAUUAUCUGAUAUCGCAGCUGUGUUUUUCAAUAUGGGAAUUGAUUUUAGGUCUUUGUUUCCUCUGGAGAAUCUUCAGCCAGACUUCAAUGAAAACAGUCUAAUUUCUGAAACUCAGACAACAUCAGCAGAAAAAGAUAAUGAAGACUCAUCUUGUAAGCCAAUUUUCUCAACUCUUCCUGAAACCAACAUUUUAAAUGUCGUUAAGUUUCUAGGCUUGUGUACAUCCAUACAUCCAGAAGGUUACCAGGAUCGUGAGAUAAUGUUGCUGAUUCUGAUGUUGUUUAAAAUGAGUUUGGAGAAGCAGCUGAAGCAGAUUCCCCUCGUCGACUUUCAGAGCCUACUGAUAAAUCUGAUGAAAAACAUCAGAGAUUGGAACACAAAGGUGCCUGAACUCUGUCGGGGCAUAAAUGAGCUCUCAAGUCAUCCUCACAACCUACUGUGGAUGGUACAGCUGGUCCCCAACUGGACUUCCCGUGGAAGGCAACUGAGACAGUGCCUCAGUCUGGUGAUUAUUUCAAAGCUUUUGGAUGAGAAACCUGAAGAUGUCCCUAAUGCCAAUAACCUGCAGAUAUCAGUCCUACAUCGCUAUCUUGUGCAAAUGAAGCCUUCUAAUUUGUUAAAGAAAAUGGUCUUGAAGAAAAAGGCUGAACAACCAAAUGGCACUGUUGAUGACGGUCUUCAUUUAGAACUUGAAAAGCAGGCAUAUUACUUGACCUACAUCCUUCUUCAUUUAGUCGGCGAAGUCAGUUGUUCUCAUUCUUUUUCCUCCGGACAACGGAAACACUUUGUGCUACUCUGUGGGGCUUUGGAAAAGCACGUCAAGUGUGAUAUUAGGGAAGAUGCAAGGCUUUUUUACAGAACUAAGGUGAAAGACUUGGUUGCCAGAAUACAUGGAAAAUGGCAGGAAAUAAUCCAGAACUGCCGGCCUAUUCAGGGGCAGCUUCAUGACUUCUGGGUACCAGAUUCCUAACAGGAGUUGUAGCAGCCAAAAUGUGAACCAAGAGAAAUUCAAAAGAGCCUUUCUGAAAGGAGUAGAAAGGAUUGCUACAGAAUCCAAAGGGAUGCUACAAAAACGUACAGCACAUGUGCCAUAUGAAAAGCUGGUAAUGAAGAAACUGCCAUUUCUGAAGCAGAUAUGAAUUGGUUCUGCUUAAUUUUUAAGGCAGCUGACCCUUUGGAAGAACAGUUCUAUACGAAGAGGGUCAGUGUUGCAGUAAAUAGUCACUUACCUAACCUGCCUUUAAUAACUUCUCUUGUUAUAUUGGAAACCUGUCAUCUCCUUUUAGAUAGUAUGGUAGCACUUGGAUAAUCACAGGAAAUGUGGAUGAAAUGAAUUUGAACCAACCUGAGUUGGACUCGAAAACCAAGAUUAAGUACCAGUUGGGUUUAAUUUUCCCACCUGGCUAUUUCAGAAUACAAGGGAAAGCGUAGACAAAGUUUAGUAAUAAAAUAUAAAUCUCUCCUGUAAUUCUGGUAAAUCGCAGAGAGGUUUGACUCCAUGCAUUUUAUCCACUAUUCAAGACUAUAAAUGAUAGGUUUUUAAAAUGCAUUUAAACAGGCUGAAGCAGAAGUUUGGUAUAUUGUCAGAUUCCUUUAAGGGAAAAAGUUACUCUAUAAAGUAAUGGCUGUUUUUAUGCCAAAACAUCCUUACCACAUUUGUUUUAUAUUUCUUUUAAGUGCAUAUAUAUAUUUUUUCCUAAUACUGGUUAAAUUUUAAAUUUUGUUUUAGCAUUCUGGCCCUUGCAAACCAUAUUACAGAAGUCUAUAUUGUAGAUGUUUAAAAAUCUGGGGAAGUUCAAAAAAAAAAAAAACUUUGUUCCAUUGAGUAUGUAAUAUUGGCAGAAACCUGGGCUAGGUAGUGUUUAUUCUUUGGGAUUGUGUGUGUGUGUGUGCGUGCAUGCGUAUGUGUGCAGUCGUGUGCUUGUGUCUUGGAAUUGUUGCACUUGAAUACCACAGCUGCUCUAAAUUCUUAAACACUGGAAAGCCAUCCUUUGGUUUCAAUGGCGGUUGGUUAGAGGUGCACCUGGUCUUAGGCCAAGGGACCUUCAGAGCCUUUGGCUAUAGCAGACUCUUCCCAGCCAACUGAAAACAUUUCUCUUAUUGACCACCCUUUUGAGGGGGAUUUGUUGCCUGAAAGAAUGCCACCUGUUGUUGCUGUUGUGUUGUUCUUUGAGUGUUGGCUGUGGUGCCCUGCUUUCUUGAGCAUUCUCAUGUCUCCAGGGGGCAAAGAUCGUGGAGAAAGGAGGAGCCAGAUCUGAUGCUUAUGAUUUGAGAGGGGGAAAAAUAAAUUUUGAAAACUCACUUUCUACCUCUAAAUUGAGGCUUAAGAGUAAAAAACUUUUUAUCUUAAGUUUAUCAUUUAAAAUAGUAUCAGUAAUUUUUGAGCUCAUGUUAAGCAUUGGGCAGUUAGAGAUUUUAUAGGGAAGACUAAUGAAGUUUCCAAGAGCCCAGGCCCAACUAAAGAGGCUCCAAGAGUCAGCCCAACAAAAGAUUUUUAUUCUGUGCUGAGUUUACUGGUAAGAAUAUUAUCUUGAUACUACCUCUCAAGGGUAUUGUUACAAAAUGCCACUUAAGGUUAAAUAGAUAGAUCCAAAGAGUUGUAUUUGACAGUUGCUUGAAACUCUGGCAUCUAUCUGCCCAGCAAUGGGAGCUUUCACGCUGUAAUUUAAGACUUUGUAGAUACAUUAUUUGUGUGUAAUUUUGUAAGUGUUCAUAUUUUUCUCGUUUUGCAUUGUGUAAAGUGUACAAAAUCUCAAAGUAUAAAAUACUGCUUAUAUUGCUUAUAAUUACAGUGUGUAAAUAUUUUCUAAUCCUGUACAUUAAUGGGGGACAAGUGGGUUAUGCAGGUUUUUUUUUUUAAGUGACCCUUUUGUAUUGCAGUUUCCAGAGGUAACUGCCCAUCAGUUUAAAACCACUUUGAUACAUUUUUAUUUAACAAUUCCAGUAAGAAAAAAGAAUCUAUUUUUACUUGUCUUCAUCAAAGAAAAAUCUCCAUCUGUCCCUUUAAAGCCAACGGCCAGACAUCAGGUUAGGCCUUUGCAUUUCUGACUUGCGGGUGGAAAGUUCCAGUCUCCAGGUCAUAGUCCAGUCAGUAUUUACAUUUGAGUUCUCAUGAAAAUUACGUGAUUCUCUGUUAGCACAAAUAAGCCCAUGUUUUUCCUCCCAAAUCAAGUAUUUUCCUUCUCCCUCUUGAGCCCCCAUUUUUGUCUCCCUUCCGCUGUUGUUGCCCAGUGAAUGGGACAAUGGAGGGGGAGAAAAUGUCCAUUGCACAGAAAAUGUCAGGCCCACUUUUAGGACUUGGCAAACAAAGCUUGCACUGAGCGGUUGUGUGUUUGGCAGUGUUACUGUGCCAAAAUAUCACCUUGUCUAAUUUUUUGGAGCUGUAUGUCAAGCUUAUUACCCUUACUGCAAGCUAAAAAUUAAGGUACUUGUGCUUAUACUUUUGUAUGUAACUGUUUGCCUUUUUGAAACUGCUUUUCUUGUAUCCGAAAAUAGAAUUCUCUUAGUGAUACCAAGUUAAGAGGCUCUUCAUGCACAAAAUGCAUCUAGGAAGCAGCAGAGUGACAGCAUUUGUCCAUUUUCCAUCAAUCUCCUGAUGGCACAGGUGCCUUUGUCACCUUUUUGAAGGCUGGCAUUUUAGGUGCAAGUAGUAUCUUCCUUUGAACUUUACAGAAAUCUCCCCAGAUUUAGAAGCUAGAAAACAGCAUGUUGUCAUCCAGGCUUUUGGGUUUUUUUUAUCAAAACAAAUAAUAGUUGGUGGGAACUGGCCAGUAGUAAUUAUGUGUGGAAUCUUUAAAGAAAGAAUAAUUCCAAACUUUAAAACCUAAACAACUGUAAAUGCUCCGUGGAUGAGGGUCUCAGUUGGGGAAUUCGAGGCUGACAGUCCUGGUUUGUCUCCUGGGAGACAGUGGGGUCCAGGCGCUGGGUGUGUAGAGAGCCAGCAUGAUCUGUGGUGGUGAUUUCUUACUCAUCAGCAGUGUUGGUGCGCCUUCUCGUCCAUGUGUUCAUUUUCCCUGAGCAGUUCUAUCAGCCAUUUAAUCCACCAGCGCGCUUCAACAGCCAGUAAUUGCAGAUUUCCUUCCUCGUUCCUUUUUUUUUUUAAGAUUUUACACUACAUCUUGUUGAAAGUCCUAUGAAUGUACGCGUGUGUUAUUAAACUGCUUUUUCUCAGUUUGAA